UUCAAAAUGGCGACCAAGGAAGAAGAUUUGACGUUAGAGAAUUGUUUAAAUAAUGCCACCAAUCCAGCCCACAAGACAGAGGACUGGGAUGCCAUGGCCCAGUUUACAGAGCUUGUCAAUAAUGAGAUCGAAGGACCACAUUAUGCUGUGCGGCUCCUUGCUCAUAAGAUACAGUCACCCAUUGAAAGGGAAGCUCUGUAUGCUCUGACAGUUAUUGAGCUGUGCAUCAAGAACUGUGGCAGAAGGUUUCACAAUGAGAUCGGGAAAUUCCGAUUCCUGAAUGAAUUGAUCAAGGUCAUUUCUCCUAAGUAUCUGGGCACGAAGACAUCAGAGAGGGUUAAGACUAGGUGUAUAGAGCUGAUAUACUGCUGGCACAAGGGUCUGCCCCACGAGCCCAAAAUAGCAGAGGCCUAUGUGAUGCUUAAACAGCAGGGCAUUGUCAAGGAAGACCCUAAACACAUGGAUGAGGCUUCCCUGAGCUUGCCAAAACCACCUCCUGCUGAGGAAAGAAGAGCCCCAUUCGAGGAUGAUGAAAAAGCAAAGCUGCUCGCAAAGUUGCUGAAGAGUAAAAACCCGGAUGAUCUGCAAGCAGCCAACAGAUUAAUCAAAAACAUGGUGAAACAGGACUCUGAUCGUAUAGAGCGUGUAUCUCGGCGUAUCAAUGAGCUAGAGGCGAUUCAUUCCAAUGUAAAGCUGCUCAAUGAAAUGGUCUCCUGCUACAGCCCCCAGUCAACAACCGAAUCGGAGAAGGAAAUGAUGAAGGAGUUGUAUGAGUCUCUAGAGAAGUUGCGGCCCAAGUUGUUCCGUCUUGCUAGUGAGACGGAGGAGUGUGACACUGAUGCUCUACAAACUAUCCUGAAGGCGAAUGAUGAAGUGUCCCUGAUCAUGGCUGACUACAAGAAGACUGUAGAGGGCAUCACACAGAAUGGACAGGGGGACAACCAGCGAGAGGCCCUUAUGAAAGCCACGGGCACAAGUGGGGGCAGUUCCCUGGUGGACCUUGCCUUCGACCAGCCCCCAGCCUACACCGCCAACAUGGCUGCCCAAUCGUUCGGGGGCCUUGAUGAUGAGAUGCUCCACCUAGGUACAGGUCUACGGUCUCCAAGUACCCCAGGAACUGGAACCACCCAGACCUCAGAUAGUCUCUUGUCGGACCUAGACUCAAUAUUCACAUCAGCUGCACCGACUCAACAAACAAAUUUUUUCCCUGGUCAGCAGAUGACCACAUCACUGAACACUAUGUCCAUGAACAACUCCGUGUCUUACCCCGGUAUGGGGACACAAGCUGGGGUCAGUUUAGGGAAUUACCAGCCCCUUAACCCCAUGCAGACAUCUCAACCUCCAGUCAGCACAGUUCCUGCCACAAAAACAGGUUCAGUGUUUGACAUGAGCCCUGCUGUGCCCUCAUCCCAGGCAAUGGAGGACCUAGACUUGCUUGGCCAGUCUCUCAUGCAACAGAGCCUCAGUACAAACAAGGCCAGCUACUCAUUUGAAAAACCAGUACCUGUAGAGAAAAAGACGUUAAACCAACUGGCCUCCUCCAGCCAGGCUACCCCUGUGUCCUGGCCUGCACCCACUUUCUCUACCCCAGUACAGCCCCAGGCCCCUGUUGCAAUGACAAGCAAGCCUAUCCCCGCUGCCAUGGUGAGCCACCCUCCCCCAGUAUCCACAGUUACCGGCUCAAUGACAACAACAGUGAUGGGAACCUCACAAGCCACUCCAAACUCUGGGGAGGUUCAGCCCCUCACUGAUGUGUUCGUGCCACUUGAGAGUAUCAAACCAGGCACAACCCCCCCAGUUACAGCUUAUGACAAGAACGGCCUGAAAGUGUUGAUCUUGGUUACCCAGAACACGCCGCGGGAUGACGUCACUGUUAUGGUGAUCUCCGUCAUCAGUAUCAACACUGUUCCUGUCAAAUCAUUCGUGUUUCAGGCUGCAGUGCCAAAGAUAAUGAAGGUGAAACUCCAGCCCCCCUCUGGAACGGACCUGCCGGCCUUCAACCCGAUACUACCCCCUUCUGCCAUCACGCAGGUUUUACUGCUAGCAAACCCUCAACAGGAGAAGAUUCGUUUAAAGUUCAAGAUAUCAUAUAUGCUAAAUGAUCAAAUGCAUUCCGAUGUGGGAGACAUUGAUGGUUUUGGUGUAUAGCUGUGCAGUAUGUCAUGACUGUACAGUAUAGUAUCACACGGUGUAUAGCUGUGCAGUAUGUCAUGACUGUACAGUACAGUACAGUAUCACACGGUGUAUAGCUAUGCAGUAUGUCAUGACUGUACAGUAUAGUAUCACACGGUGUAUAGCUGUGCAGUAUGUCAUGACUGUACAGUGCAGUAUCACACAGUGUUUAGCUGUGCAGUAUGUCAUGACUGUACAGUAUAGUAUCACACGGUGUAUAGCUGUGCAGUAUGUCAUGACUGUACAGUACAGUACAGUAUCACACGGUGUAUAGCUAUGCAGUAUGUCAUGACUGUACAGUACAGUACAGUAUCACACGGUGUAUAGCUAUGCAGUAUGUCAUGACUGUACAGUGCAGUAUCACACAGUGUAUAGCUGUGCAGUAUGUCAUGACUGUACAGUACAGUAUCACACGGUGUAUAGCUGUGCAGUAUGUCAUGACUGUACAGUAUAGUAUCACACGGUGUAUAGCUGUGCAGUAUGUCAUGACUGUACAGUACAGUACAGUAUCACACGGUGUAUAGCUAUGCAGUAUGUCAUGACUGUACAGUACAGUACAGUAUCACACGGUGUAUAGCUAUGCAGUAUGUCAUGACUGUACAGUGCAGUAUCACACAGUGUAUAGCUGUGCAGUAUGUCAUGACUGUACAGUACAGUAUCACACGGUGUAUAGCUGUGCAGUAUGUCAUGACUGUACAGUACAGUACAGUAUCACACGGUGUAUAGCUAUGCAGUAUGUCAUGACUGUACAGUGCAGUAUCACACAGUGUAUAGCUGUGCAGUAUGUCAUGACUGUACAGUACAGUACAGUAUCACACGGUGUAUAGCUGUGCAGUAUGUCAUGACUGUACAGUAUCACACGGUGUAUAGCUGUGCAGUAUGUCAUGACUGUACAGUAUCACACGGUGUAUAACUGUGCAGUAUGUCAUGACUGUACAGUACAUUAUCACUCACAGUGUGUUUACAUGAUGACUAGAAUUAACAUGUUCUGUGAUAUGUUAAAGAGAUAAGCCAAUACUGUGAAAUCACAAUUAUACAUGUAGUUCAAUGGAUUCUACUUGAAAUGACAAAUAAUUUAGACAAGAGAUAAAUGCUUUGCUUGCUUCUUAAUCUUUUACAUUGGUGCAUUUUCAAAUUGGCAGAAAAACAGUUAACUAUAUAUUUUUAUUCGAUGCUUUUUCAUUUAUCAUAUAAUAUUACAUUGAAACAAACAAUAAAUCUGUAUACACACUCUUUAAGUAAUGAAUUUUAUUUCUUGAGGCUGUGGGAAAAUUUAAUCAUAUCCACAUUAAUAAUAUUUUUGAACUGAUUUGCACAAUACAUAUACAAUUUUUCUUAUCUCAAGUAUAUGUACUUGUUAUGAAUAUUUGGAUAUUGUAUUUUUAUAUUAAAAAGUGACAGUGACCUGAAUGUGACCAGGUAGCACUAGGGUGUAGUCCGUUGAAAUAUCACAUAAGACACAAUGUUUCUAUUCAAGUUGUUGUUUAUUUAUUCAUUCUUCUGUUCUUUCCUAAAAUAUGACAGUCAUUUAUACUAUUUCCAUUUCCAUUUGAACUGUGUACAUGGUCUGAAAUUCUGAAUGAAAUGUGAAAUGUGGUACAUGUGAACAUGUUAUUCAAGGAAAGCUGGGUCUUUUUUCAUGUUUGGGUCUUUUUUCAUGCUCGCUUUAGUUUGCUUUCAGUUGUCUGUGAUCUGUAGGGUAAGAUUUCAAUACCCAUCAGCAGUACAUUGUAUAAAACUGGUUAAAUUUUUUGGUUUUGUCAAAAGUAAUCAAUCAAAUACUCCAAAUAUGCAUACUAGCUAACUGUGGACAUCUUUUCUAAGCUUUGUACAAUUGGCUGUAGGCUGUUCAUUUUUGCUUUAGUAAGUUGUUCUUAGUGACUAACUCUUCACUUUUCCGAUGGAAACUAAUACAUGUAUUGAUAAUCAAAGUAACAUUUCUAUUAUAGUAGUGAAAAAGUAAUUUAGCUCGGGGUAGUUAUAGGGGUGUGCAAUAUACAGGUAGAAAUUACCAAGUUCCUUUCAAAGGCUUACAGAAAAAUUUGGCUUGCCACAAUGAAUUAUGUAUGAGAAGUAUCAUUUUAAGAGCUGGUAUUUAAUAUGGCAUAAUAAAUUUAAAAAAAACCUUGACCUGGCCCAAAUUUCUUAAGCAAUCUUAAGUUCCUUGUAACAGUAUUCAAGCUUGGUAUAUUAUCGUUUUAUACCUGCACUCUUACAGAUUGACUGUUUUGACAUUUUUUUUAGCUGAUUUUGGAAUCAAUGCCUACUAUUGAGUUAUAUAAGAUAACUCACAAUAGAACAGAUCACAAUUGUUUGGGAAGUUAAAAUUGUUAGUAAUGCUUUUAGCCGUAAAAAACAUCACUUUUUAAAUGUAAAUAUGGAGCACUUCAAUAUGAUAUUUUAUCAGCAGUCUUGUAUCACUGGAUUCCAGAUAUUUGCACAUAAAUUGGCUUAUUCUAAGUCAAAAAAAGACAGAAAGUUGUCAAAAUUGUCAAUCGGCGAGAGUUAUGGGACUUUAAACUAAAUUAUCUUUUAGAAAUUCAUGUUCAACUUAUGUGUGUUUUGUAAAAUAAAUCUUAAAACAAGUAAUUUGGCUGAAAGAAAUAACAUACAUACGGUAAGCAUUUUACUUGAGCAUGAUAAGCUUAAGAUGUUAGAAAUUUGGUCCAGUCAUUCUCUUAAGUCAAUUGAGUAAGCUGAAGUACUGGAGGUAAUGUUCUUGAAAUAUAUGUUAAGUUUAGUUUUGCUUUAUCAUUUUUUGUGGGGAUUGAUUGUUUUUCAUAAAAAUAUGUUGUUUACUUCUGUUUAACUUUCUGUCUUGCAGUAGUGGUGCGUAGUAGUGAAGUAUUUUAGUUUCAACAAAACCAUGUUCUUUUCCUGUUUAAUUUUGAUAUCACUUCUUCAUUAUCACUAUAGGAGAAAGCUCUUCUGUGAAGACUGUCUUUAAAAAGAAAUUCAUGUACACCAGUGUGUUGUACAGAACUUAUUUGUUUCAUGAAUGUGGUGUAAACAGAACAUUAUUUAACAUUAAUUUUGAUGUUCACAAUAAUCUCAUUGAUAAGCUGUAUACUCAUUGUACAACAUUUAUUUGUUUUAAAAUGGAAAUUCAUUCUCUCCUUAUUUAACUUUAUGUUCAUAAUGUAUGUUACAAAUAAUUCUAUGAACAAUAAAAUAUUUAAUCUUAAGA